AUGGAGAGGAGAAGCGACGGAGAGGAAUUGGCGAAGCUCUGGGGAGAAAUACCCGUCGCUACGUCUCCCUCCUCUGUCGUCGAUCAUCCGAGUUGGAGGCAAUUUCUAUACCUUAACAACAACAUUACCAAUACUAACAACAAUAGCAUCGCAUAUCCUGCCGUCAACGAAAACCCCUUUUCCCUUGAAAAAUUUUCUCAACACUCGAUUGAUCCAGCUUCUGCUCGUCUUGUCUCAUUGCCUUCAUCUCAUCAGUCUCCCUUUGUUUCCUCGGCUUUCCCUUCCUUUGGCAAUGGUGUUGUAUCCGGUGCUUCUGUGCUCGACAACCCUGCUAUAACCGAUACCUUGAUCGGUCACGGUCAGGGCUAUCCGUCUUUAUUUUAUCAGCAGUUGCAAGAAACUGUAAACUCGUUGCAGCGAUUGAGGCUCCAGGAAGCCAUCGCAGGGCAGAUGGCUGCGAUUAUGCGUGCUCGUGCUCCUCCCUCCGUGCCUGAGAGUUUUGCUGUCCCUGGAUCGAAUCCCAUCUCUAUCAUUGACGAACCCUGUCGGAAAUUCUUCAACGUUAAUGAUCCUGGAGUCUUGAUGUCAUCAGCUACCGCAGCAUCCGUUAAUGGUUGUGGCAAGUCUUGCUGCCGUUACCAGCCAAGAAACAAAUGCUGCUUGCAGCUUCCAAGACCAUCUUCCCAAGAAUACGCCAAGCGUUCCCCGAUGAUGCCCUGUUCGAAUGGGAACGGGUUUCGCCUCGAUUCUAAUGGGCAUUGCAGAGUAGCCGCAGUGGAUGGCCAGCUCUUGGAAACAGACAAUCAAAACAUAUUGAUGUCCCCGUUCUUUAAUCAGAGUCUAAAUCAUCUGCAGCCGCAGCAGCCAAUGUACUCGUCUUUGGAAGAUUUGAGGGGCCAGAUGGUCGCGCUGGCUAAGGAUCAACACGGGUGUCGGUUCUUGCAGAAGAAGUUCGAGGAGGGAAGGGUGGACGAGAUUGAGAUGAUUUUUGCCGAGGUGAAGGACCACGUGGGCGAGUUAAUGGUCCACCCUUUUGGGAAUUACCUUGUCCAGAGGCUCUUGGAAGUAUGCACUGAGGAACAGAAGAUGGAGGUUCUUUGCGUGAUCACCAAGAAGGAAUUCCAACUCGUCACAAUCUGUCUCGAUAUACAUGGUACUCGGGCAGUUCAGAAAAUGUUGGAGCAUCUUACCACCCCAGAGCAAAUUUCCUGUGUUAUGAUGGCUUUGAGGCCAGGGACGGUCAUACUUUCCAAGGACGUGAAUGGUCAUCAUGUGAUUCAAAAUUGCCUCCAGCGUUUCUCCCAUGAAGACAAUAAAUAUCUUCUGAACACAGUAGCAGACCACAGUGUUGAGAUUGCCACAGACAGCAGCGGGUGUUGUGUACUUCAGCUUUGUGUGGGUCAUGCCCAGGGAGAAUCAAGAGAGCACCUUUUUGCUGAAAUUACUGCAAAUGCAACUGUCCUGGCUCGAGAUCCUUACGGGAACUAUGUUGUGCAGUAUAUAUUGGGUCUGAAAAUACCACAUGUCAUGGCUGCUGUAUUGAGACAACUUGAGGGGAGCUAUAUAUCCCUUUCUCUGCAAAAGUUCAGCAGUCAUGUGGUAGAGAAGUGUUUGAAAGAGUCUACAGAAGAGCAGUCCUCAAAAAUUAUCAAGGAGCUCCUCAGCAGUUCAAAAUUUAUUGGUCUUCUAGAGGAUGCUUAUGGAAACUAUGUUGUUCAGUCAGCUUUGUUGGUAGCAAAGGGGGAUACAUACAAAGCCAUAGUUGAUCUGGUGCAGAGUCGUAUUCCAUCUAUGCGCAGCAAUCCUUAUGGGAAAAGGAUACUGGAUAGGAUCAAUGCAAGGAGGUAAGAGGCAUGUAUAAAGAUGUAUAAAGUGGAUUGAAUAGUCAAGGAAGUGAUUUGCAGGGUCAGGCUUGUGUUGAUUUUUCCUUUUU